GUCAUCGGUCUGGAGCUGAUCCAUCAGCAGCUGAGCAGGAGGGACAUAUAAACACAGUGGCUGCAACUCACGCGGCUGUAUGCACGGAGGAAUUAUACUCCUACCCAUAUAAAGCAAAGCGGCACUUUCAUUCCCCGCGUACACUUGCUUUCCACACAGCGCUGCACACAUUGCCCAGAAGAGCUCCAGAGCCUCAGCAGUAUAAGAGAGCCAUUGCACACGGUGCCCGGGAGGAGCUGCUUUGGUUCGACUAGAUCUGUGGGCCUGAUCUACUGCUUCCACCUGGCUCCAUCCCGGGCAGUCAGUCCUGACCCCCCUCGCUGCCAGCCUGGGAAUCUGCCUUCAUGUUCCGGCAGCAUGUCUGGCAAGCACUACAAGGGACCCGAGGUCAGCUGCUGCAUCAAGUACUUCAUAUUCGGCUUCAAUGUCAUCUUCUGGCUCUUGGGACUUACGUUUCUUGGAGUUGGUCUGUGGGCAUGGAGUGAAAAGGGUGUGCUUUCCAACAUUUCCUCUAUCACAGAUCUUGGGGGUUUUGAUCCAGUGUGGCUGUUUCUGGUAGUCGGAGGGGUCAUGUUUAUCCUGGGCUUUGCAGGCUGUAUUGGGGCACUCCGUGAGAACACCUUCCUGUUGAAAUUUUUUUCUGUGUUUCUUGGAAUUAUUUUCUUUCUGGAGCUCACGGCGGGAGUUCUUGCCUUCGUGUUCAAAGACUGGAUUAAAGACCAACUGCAGUUCUUUAUUAACAACAACAUCAGAGCCUACAGAGAUGACAUCGACUUACAGAACCUUAUUGACUUCACACAGGAAUAUUGGCAGUGCUGCGGGGCGUUCGGAGCUGAUGAUUGGAAUUUAAACAUUUAUUUCAACUGCACCGACUCUAACGCGAGCCGAGAGAGAUGUGGGGUGCCAUUUUCCUGCUGCACAAAAGACCCUGCUGAGGAUGUAAUAAACACACAGUGUGGCUAUGAUGUCAGACAAAAGCCUGAACUGGAUCAACAGGAGACAAUUCACACAAAAGGCUGUGUCCCACAGUUUGAGAAAUGGCUGCAGGAUAACCUUACCAUUGUGGCAGGGGUGUUCAUUGGUAUUGCGCUUUUACAGAUAUUUGGAAUCUGUUUAGCGCAGAAUUUGGUGAGCGACAUUGAAGCCGUCCGAGCCAGCUGGUAGAAUUAUUAUCCUGGAUACAAAGUGCAAUGGAAAAGUGUGUAGUCUCACAGGCCAGUAUUACUGACUGCUUCCGAGGGUCAGAACUACAAAUCUAACAUUUGUUAAUCAGGCAGGUUCAGUGAUCUCUUCUAGUCUGGGAACUGCAGGACUCGGGCAGCACAAGGACACUGCUAUGGGACAGUCGAUGAAGAGACGCGUGCUAAUUAUUUCACUGUAAGAUGCAUGUCAGUAAUUGAGGAUCAAUGUGCUGCCUGUUUCAUUUCCAGUAAAUAGCAAACAAUUGUUUUACACUGAUGGACUCUAGGAAUCUUCAAUCUGCUUUACAUUAAAUGUGGUUACACAACUCCCAGCAGCACUGACAGCCCCAGGCUCUGGAGCCUCAACAAGGCAAGAUGGAUGUAUAAACUGGGUUCCACAAACUGGCACAUUUCAGACUUCUUUAUAGACCUCUCUUGUGACUGUAGGGGUUGGGGCUAAAGUGAUUUUUUUUAUUCACCUGUAUUUUGAGUGACAGAUGGGUGAGUGCAAUAUAUAUAUAUAUAUAUAUAUACACACACAACUGGUGGAUUGUGGCUAAAAUGUUUCUUUGCUGUGUAUAAGUGUUGUCCUAUUACAAUAUAAUUAUUACUUUGGAAAAACAAAAAUAAUUUUUAAUGAAUUCUCAUAUUACUGGAUUAAAGUUUCGUUACACUUUA